GAAAACCACUGCAACCUUCCCCUUUAAGCUUGUUUUGUGUUCGUUGCUUGUGCGGAGGAGAGCUGAGAGAGAGGUUCGCUCUCCUCGCGGGAUCGAGAACAAAACCAGAACAAAGAACUGAAACACAAACUGGGAAGGGCGACCCGAGGAGAGAGAGACAGAGAGACAGAGAAACGAGGCGACACGAAAGCACUGUAAUCAACACCGCCAAACAAUCAAACUGAAGCACUCAUUUCAUGAAUUAAUGCACUGCCUAACAGAGGGAUAAGCCACGGGCUGAACCGUGCCGGGCUGUUGGGUUUUAUUAACAGAAUAGCGAGGCUGGCCCGAGGUCUUUACUGGAGGACACGGACUGAGAGGCUGCGGGUAUUAAUGUAAUACUUGUUUUGAUAAUAAUAAGGUUAAUUAUAAGAGAAAGUGUCUUCAGUAUUAAUUGCAAUGAUGGCUCUGCUGCCCUCUGGUGGCCCGACUGAGAUACUGCGCUUCCAGCUGCCCGGCCAUGGAGCCGCCACUCUGCGGAACACGAACCAGCUGCGCUCCGACCAGCGCUUCUGUGACAUCACCAUCGUCGCCAACGACAACCUCAAGUUCCGGGGUCACAGGGUCAUCUUAGCCGCCUGCUCCCCCUUUCUCCGAGACCAGUUCCUGCUGAACCCCUCCUCGGAGCUGCAGGUGUCUCUCCUGCACAGCUCACGCAUCGUGGCUGACCUGCUGCUCUCCUGCUACACGGGGCUCCUGGAGUUCGGGGUGCGUGACAUUGUCAACUACCUGACAGCAGCGAGUUACCUGCAGAUGGAGCAUGUGGUAGAGAAGUGCCGCGCCGCUCUCACACAGUUCAUCGAGCCGCAGAUACACAGCCUGCAUGAGGGGGCUCCUGGGGCGAGCGCAGGGUCGAAGGGCAAGGCAGGGGCGGGAGGAGGUAACCCGGGCAACAGGAAAGGGGCGGGGCUGACCAAGCAACAGAAACACCCGGUGCAGGCACUGUCCCACUCACACCAGUCAAACCAGUCCCAGCCCAGUCCGUUCCAGCUCCUGCAGCACAGUCACCAGCAUACCCGCUACCAGCACACUACUGGACAGGCUGAGAACCCAGAGGAGCUGAAGGUCAAAGUGGAGGAAUUCCCUGAAGAUUGCGCGGACGACUUUGAAGAUGAGUAUGAGGAGCUGUCCGACGUGUGCAUCGUGGAGGAUGGAGGGAGCAUGGGGGGAUGGAUGGGGAGGGAGAGAGAAAGGGAGGAGGGGGUGGAGGCCGAGGGAGGAGGCAGUGAAAUCCUAAACAAGGAGGAGGAAGAGGAGGAGGAUAACAAAGAGACACUGAUGACAACAAAUGAAGCCCAGACGACAUCGACAACAACAGCCAGGAGCAGCGGCAGCCCCAAGACGAGGGGCAGGAAGCCGACGCUGUGGGAUUACAGGCGCCAGCAGCAGGGCAUUCUGGGAAGGGAAGGGACGCCUAUCCAGGAAGGAGACGGGGUUCACUCCACGGGAGAGGGGCUGGGAGGCGGAGGUGGGGAGGAGGAAGAGGGAGGAGGGGAGUCGAGUCUGGGAGAGGAAAGGGAGGAAGAGAGGGGCUUCAAAUCCUAUUACCAACCCCUACAGGAGCAUCACCUCGGGGAAGGACAUGGCCUGGCAGAGGUGGAGGAGGAGGGCUGUGUAGGUUUGGAGUGCCCGGAGGAUGCUGCCCGUAGAGUGGGCUCCACCUCUUCCAGCUACGAGGGAUCCUCCUCCUUCUCCGUGGAAAUGGCCCAGAGGGAUUUCCUAGCCCCGCAUUGCGGGCUGUUCCCACCCCAGCAGCAGCCCCCCGUCUCGCUGGGCUCUUCGGGGGUCAAAACCAUCAAGUGCAGCCGGUGUGAGGAGUUCUUCCAGAGCGUGGAGAGGCUGGUGACGCACAUGCGUGCCUCACACUGCGUGUUCAUGUGCCCGCGCUGCGGGAAGCAGUUCAACCACACCAGCAACCUGAACCGCCACAUGAACGUACACCGCGGCAUCAAGUCCCACGCCUGCCACGUGUGCGCCAAGAGCUUCACGCAGAAGUCCACUCUGUACGACCACAUGAACCUGCACAGCGGCGAGCGGCCCUACCGCUGCUCCUACUGCCACGUGAGGUUCGCACACAAGCCAGCCAUCCGCCGCCACCUGAAGGAGCAACAUGGCAAGACCACCGCCGAGAACUGCAUGGACGCCAACAGUGUGGCAGAGAUCAACGUGGUGGUGCGCUGAGAGGAGGGGGGAGAGAGGAGAGGAGAGGAGGCUGAGGAAACUGGUUUAAAUAAGUGUAGUGGUGUGCUAGGAACCUGCUGUAGGCUUAGUAACUAACUACAACAAACAAACACAUUGUAUGUAUGUGCAAACAAGCACAUUGUCAGUACUGGAUAUUGUUCACCAGUCAUGUUUGCAGGCAUCUGCAUUUUAAUUUGGGGGAGGAGGUGAUAGACAGGGAAAGAGUUUUUGCAUGGCAGAGAUCAGCAUGGUGGUGCGAUGAGAGGGGGAAGGAGGAGAGGGAUAGAAUAGGACAGAGACGGGGAGAGGGAGACAACAAUGCAUAUCAGUAAGUAUUAUAAAGAUAUGAAAGGAUGUGAUGAAACUGCACAACAUUCAGCACACUCCAGUGACUUUUCUAUGACAUCAAUCAGUGAGACGGGUAAAGGGAGAGAUGGAGAGAGAAUCUCUUAUUUUUUAGGGAGGUGACAAUGUUUGUAGUUUGUUUUAUUUACCACUCCAUGAUUCAAACUUGUAAACAUGCAACACAAUAAACAAGAUCGGACCUUCUCAAGGUGGUGGCUACAAGCAGACAACACGGUUCACUGAUUACCAGUCACUGUUACGCUGGGGUACAGUUGUUUCAGAGGGACAGGUCACUGUUACGCUGGGGUACAGUUGUUUCAGAGGGACAGGUCACUGUUACGCUGGGGUACAGUUGUUUCAGAGGGACAGGUCACUGUUACGCUGGGGUACAGUUGUUUCAGAGGGUACAGGGCACUGUUAUGCUGGGGUACAGUUGUUUCAGAGGGACAGGUCAUUCUUACGCUGGGGUACAGUUGUUUCAGAGGGACAGGUCACUGUUACGCUGGGGUACAGUUGUUUCAGAGGGACAGGUCACUGUUACGCUGGGGUACAGUUGUUUCAGAGGGACAGGUCACUGUUACGCUGGGGUACAGUUGUUUCAGAGGGACAGGUCACUGUUACGCUGGGGUACAGUUGUUUCAGAGGGACAGGUCACUGUUACGCUGGGGUACAGUUGUUUCAGAGGGACAGGUCACUGCUACGCUGGGGUACAGUUGUUUCAGAGGGACAGGUCACUGUUACGCUGGGGUACAGUUGGUUAAGUUCAGACAUGAUUCUCAGAGCUCUAUUGAGUUCACAGAGUUGAUUUAAAAAAUGCUGUGAUUAGCCUCCCCCCGCCUUGCUUCCAUGAGAAUCCACUGUGAGUUGUAUUAACCGUCUCGGCAUUAGAAUUAUGUUUUUUACUCGUGUAAAUAAGGUUUUUAACAAAUCUGCUUCAGAAGAAUAAAACAGAUUCUGUGUUUUUAUUAAAAAAUGUUUUUUUGUCAUUUUG